AAUAUCAAGAUAAAAUUUUUAUUAAUUAUUAUAAUUAACUUGAAUUUUUUAUGAAUAGUCAUUGCUUAAAUGUAAUAAAGCCAUGUGAAUAUUUAUUAAUUUAUGUUUUCUAAACUUAACGAGGAAAGUAAAACAAGCAAUAAUAUGAUUGAUAUUCACAUAAUUAAUAACAAAGGGUUUAUUUGGAAUGCAGAUGAUUGGUACAUUUUACGAACAACCCAUCGCAUGUUGGGAAGUUUGAUCGGAACUUUACCUUCUACACCACGUCAAGAAGAUCAGAAUGGCCUUCCUUGCCUUUUAUUGAUUGAAGAAGUUCGAUUAUUGGUUGAAAAUUGUAUAUGCCGAACCGUCAAGUAUCCAUCAUUUACAUCUUUACAUGUUAAAGAAACAACUAAAAUCAAUCCAUCUGAUACAUUACCUAAUAUCAUAAUACAUCUUGAUGAAAUAUGUUCAAACAUAAUUGAAGUUCCAUUACCUGAAUUCAUUAACGAUUUGGAAAGGAUCAGAUAUAAAGUUUUUAAGGAUCUGUGGUCAAAAGGCUUUUAUUUAACUUGUGGUAUGAAGUUUGGAGGUGACUUUUUAGUGUAUGAAGGUGAUCCUUUGGCUUAUCAUGCUAAAUAUAUAGUUAACUGUAGAGAUUUGGACAAACAAAUAAUGGUUUCGCGCAGUAGAGUUAGUUCAAUUACUAAUAAAAGAAUGGUGUUAGCCAAAGAUGAUGGAAACUCUAUAAAGUAUUUAAUUUAUCAUUUAGAUGAUAAAUCUCAGAAUAAUAAUAAAAUUAAUUACACUUUUUAGUAUAUUUAUAAAUAAAAUAAUGUGU